UGCUGGGCGGCAGGGUUGGCUGCCCCUUCCUUACUCACCCCUGGCCCGCCCAGGGAAGGAGCCGAGGUUUGGGGCUUGCCUUUUGGGGCUCCAGUGGAGGAGGGUCCUGAUCCCCCAGGGUCUGUUUUGAGCUGGAACUUAGCUGGAAAUGCUGGGGGGAUUGAUGCACCCUCCAAAGAGGCUUUGCUUGUGGCUAAAGGGAUGCGGGGAGGAUGUGCACAGUGCUCAAAGCCUAUCUGUGCAAGGAAAGGUGGCCUCUGAAGGGGUGUGGGGAGAGAGCAGCCCCCGGGAUUCCUUCUGUUCCCCCCCACCUCCCAGGGAGCAGCAGAGCGCCAGCCAGUCAUGUGAUUGCAUGCUGCUUUGCUAAAUAUCCGGAGAGGAAGCUGUGGGAGUCCGGGUGGGGGCUAAUGAGGAAGUCUUUAGGGCGAGACUGUGCAGCCCAGCAUCCUGGAAUUUGGGGAGUCUGGCUGCCACAUUAACCUCCCCUUUCUUCUUUUUCCUGCUUCCCACCCCGUGAAGACUGCAGGAGUCCGGACAGCUCUUCGCUCAGCUCCUCUCCCCCCCUGCGAGGCCCGGGAACCUCCCCCCCGCCUGAGCCUUCCACUCCACUGCACCCUUCCAUGAUCGGCUCGGCCAUGACCACCUCCAUCGGUGGGCUGGGGUCUCCCUUCCCAGUCAUCAGCUCCUCCAUGGGCUCCCCAGGCCUCCCUGCCACCCCCUCCAUCGGCUACGGGCCUGUCAGCAGCCCCCAAAUCAACUCCACGGUGAACCUGUCGGGCCUCCAUUCGGUCAGCAGCUCAGACGACGUCAAGCCUCCUGUGGGCAUGAGGGUCAUGCAGGGCCACCCCCAUAGUGGCAUGGUGCCCGGGAAGCGGCUGUGUGCCAUCUGCGGAGACCGUUCGUCAGGGAAACACUAUGGAGUGUACAGCUGCGAGGGCUGCAAGGGGUUCUUCAAGCGCACGAUCCGGAAAGACCUGACCUACACGUGCCGAGACAACAAGGACUGCACUGUCGACAAGCGCCAGCGGAACCGGUGCCAGUACUGCCGGUACCAGAAGUGCCUGGCCACUGGCAUGAAGCGCGAAGCCGUGCAGGAGGAGCGCCAGCGGGGCAAGGACAAGGAUGGGGAGGGCGACUUGGCCGGGGGAGGCGUCAACGAGGAAAUGCCCGUGGAGAAGAUCCUGGAGGCCGAGCUCGCUGUGGAGCAGAAGUCGGACCAAAGCGUCGACGGAGCCGGCACGGGGGGCAGCUCGGUGAGUUGGGGAAGGGGAGCAGCGGGAUCAGAGCGGUUCCUCCACCACCCCACCGACACAGACAAGCCCAAUGACCCGGUGACCAACAUCUGCCAGGCUGCAGACAAGCAGCUCUUCACCCUGGUGGAGUGGGCCAAGCGCAUCCCCCACUUCUCGGAGCUGCCCCUCGACGACCAGGUCAUCCUGCUCCGGGCUGGCUGGAACGAGCUGCUGAUCGCCUCUUUCUCCCACCGGUCCAUUUCAGUGAAAGAUGGGAUUUUGCUGGCCACAGGGCUCCACGUCCACCGCAACAGCGCCCACAGUGCUGGCGUGGGAGCCAUCUUUGAUAGGGUGCUGACUGAGCUGGUGUCCAAGAUGAGGGACAUGCGGAUGGACAAGACGGAGCUGGGCUGCCUCCGGGCCAUCAUCCUCUUCAACCCAGACGCCAAGGGGCUGUCCAACCCCGGGGAGGUGGAGCUGCUGCGCGAGAAGGUCUAUGCCUCGCUGGAGUCCUACUGCAAACAGAAGUACCCAGAUCAACAGGGCAGGUUUGCCAAGCUGCUGCUGCGUCUUCCUGCCCUGCGAUCCAUCGGCCUGAAGUGCCUGGAGCACCUCUUCUUUUUCAAACUGAUCGGAGACACCCCCAUCGACACCUUCCUCAUGGAGAUGCUGGAGGCCCCUCACCAGAUGUCCUGACCCCCCCACGGACCAGAGGACUGCUGCGGAGAAGGCUAGGGAGCCCACCUCCACGCACGGCGUUUAGGCAGGCGUGUUGUACUUCUCAGCAACUGCAUGGUGGGGGCCAGCCCCCCUCCCCGGCUUUGCAUAAAUCAUGGGCACCCUUCUCUGCCAGCCUCUGUGCCAGGGGGGGCGGUCCUUCUCCCUCGGCCGGAAAGCGGUUCCUGCAGCCGCUGCUCCAAAUCAGUUUGCAAGACAAGGUCUUGGGCUCGGGGGGAUGGGGGGGAUGUGCCGGGGCUCCUUUCCUUCCCGAUGCUGGGGUGGGCAGCAAAGGGACCUUUUCCCUCCCUCCUCCCUCCCUGGUUUGCAGACUGGGAGGAACCAGCCCCCUUCAUGUUACCCUGCCCCCACCCCCAAGGAGGCUUUUAGGAAGUGGGCUUCUGGUAGCCCAGCUACGGUUCUCAAGUGGUUCCUGUCUCUUGGGGGGCUCCUUUGAGCCUCCCCCCUUCUGGCUUAGCACUUUGACUGUAUUGGCCCUUAUCUAUGCAAGGGGUAUGGCGUUUGGGAGGGCAAAGAAUGCUCCUGUGCCAGACUCUCCUUGUCCCCCCCGGGUGCAGAGGAACCUCACUGGCCCCACGCUCUUGGUGUGUCCAGUGGCUGGAGUGUCCCCCGCAGACUCUGGAGGGCAGGGGGGCUGUCCUGGAUUGAAAGACUCUCUCCCCCGCCUCCAGUUGCAGUCUCCCUCCCCUUCUGCUCCAAGCACCAGCUUUAUAAGGGCUGGGGGGGUGGAGAGAAGGGGUGGGGUCCCCUCCCCCCACCACAUGCCCGUAUGAAUCUUGCUGCUUCCUCUUCGCUACUCCAUUUAUGUGACCUCUGGUAAUCCAGUUCCCCAAAGCAGCUUUUGGAACAUGUUGGCUUAAUAAGCCUGCUUUUUCCAAAGGGUGAAUUGUUGGCCCCCCCUUGGCUGCCCUCCCAUUUUCUGUUCCUCUUCCUUCCCCCCCAUUUAUCUUGUCCGGGCAUCUGCAGCACUGCUCUUUCCCUGAAUCAGGAGUGCAGAACUUCUGAGCGUGUGCAGAGUGCCAGGCUGUGAUGUCACCAGAGGAUGCCUGGCUAUCACAGAACAGAUGAACUUCUGGCUUCUCGGGUGGGUCGAAGCCCCGAGAUGUCCUUGCGUGUGAUGUCACCGUCCCCUCCCUGAGGACCCCCGAUGGUGGCCAUGUCUGGCUGGAGGUGGGAUACGGGGUUCUCCACCCCACUUCAGACUUGCAUUCCCACAGCCUGCAAACCGCGUCCUCGAAAGACCGACUGCCACCUCUGCAACCAACUAAGUUUUGUUAGUUUCGAAUCAUAGUUAGGUUCUUCUGUGGCUUCUGCUCAACCUGGUUAAUAAAACACAGCUGUUGUGUUUGCAUUACAUACCACGCAAAUAAACCAUAUAUUGUGGUUU